AUGCUUGAUAUUUGUCCGAAUUGAUAGAGCGUUUCCAAAUUUCCAGUUAAAGCAUUUUGUCACCAUGGCCAAAACCAAGAACAGCCCGUGCACCAUCAAAAAGCGCCUGGAGCAGCAAGUGGCAAUUCUACGGCGGGAACUGGCGUCGGCGAGGGUAGAUCAGAAUGACAUUAGCCGGAAGUAUGCGGCACGCGUGCGGCAGCAGGCAGGCAGCGGCAGCUUCUCGGACGAGUCUCUGAAGCUAAAGAAACGUAUAAAGAUUUUAGAGAGAGAAAACCACGAACAGAACCAGUACAUAUCCUAUCUGGAGGAGCAGAUCAAACUGAUGCCUGCUCAGUACGAGAGCAGGAUGGUUGACCUCAAGAAGAGCGCCAAGCUCGCGGAAAGGGAACUAAACAAGGUGUACCACGGAAUGCGCAGCAUUAAGGAGCAGGUCAAGCAGGUGGACAAACUUAAGGAUAGUGUGGCCGUUCUUAAGGCCAGACUGGAACGUCGCGACUUCAUCAUUGCCCACUACGAGGCCCAGAACUCGAAGAGAACCGUCAUUGUCGAGGAUUUGCAGGGGCAUCAGAAGUCGGAGUCUCACCAUAAGAAGUGCCACACUACCACCCCCACACCCAAGCCAACGUCCGAGCCAACGGAUGUGACAGCAGAGUCGGAAACAGAACCCCAGGGAUCUCUGUUGGUCGAAAAGUACAAAAAGCUAGACAACAUCAGAGCUCCGCUGAAGCAUAAGCUAAGGUCCGUGGAUUUCUGCAGCCUGGCGGCGGCGCUUAGGAUGAAGGGUAAACAAUCAGGAUCGAUCUGAUUGACAUGUGUCUUGGUAUUCAUAUUUCUGAUACCAAUUGCUCGACUAUAGCGUUUCUUCUUUCCACGAAUAGGUAACAGCCCGAAAUUGCGUUGUAAUUAAAUCAAUUUAUAUAAACGU